ACCAUGUAUUGAAAAAGCUAAUCUUUCCAACAAGCUAAGAAAAAAACCUCUUUUCUUUUAUAUUCACAUAAACAAAACAAAACAAAACAAAAAAAACAUAGAAGAAAAAAAACAUCGUAGUAACCAAAAUGGCUACUUCAAUUUCUGUUGGUUCUUCAUUUUAUGGAAGUUGGGGAACUUCAAUGUAUGGUGAAGAUUAUACCUUGUUGGCUAAGUCAGUUUCAUCACAAGUUCGUAUUGGAAGAAGUAAUAAGCCAGUGAGGUUGCAACCUAUGAUGAAGAAUGUUAAUGAAGGGAAAGGUAUUUUUGCUCCAAUUGUUGUGGUUACUCGUAAUAUUGUUGGAAAGAAACGUUUCAAUCAGCUUAGAGGCAAAGCUAUUGCUUUACACUCUCAGGUAAUUACUGAAUUCUGCAAAUCAAUAGGAGCAGAUGCAAAACAGAGACAAGGGCUGAUCAGGUUGGCCAAGAAGAAUGGAGAAUGGCUUGGUUUUCUUGCAUGAUAAAUUUAACAAAUGUAUCACAUUUUGUAAUUACAAUCCUAUAAACUUUCAUGUUUAAAAACUUGAUGGUUUUCAAUUGACAGCAGAAUGUAAACUAGGAACUCAUCUCUAGUUUUGAAUUUCCAUUCUUAUAUAAUAGCUGUCUAUUAUUUUGUUCUUUA